AUGGAUGACCAAGAGAAGAAAAUAAGUGUCCUUUGCCUGGGACCCAAAGGAUCAGGUAAAACGACGCUAUUAAAGAAACUACAAGACGCGGAAGGCAUAGACAAUACGUACAGUCCUGUAUCUACAAUAGGCACAAAUAUUUAUGAUAUAUAUUACUUGAACAAACACGGCAAGAAACAGAUGUUGACUGUGAGGGAAGUGGGUGGCGAGAUGGCGCCACUGUGGAGUAAUUACUUAGACGGAGUCAAUAAAAUCAUAUAUGUAGUAGAUACUUCAAACCUCUGUCAAAUAUCUGCGGCCGCCGUGCUACUCUAUACUCUACUCGCUGAACCUCGCCUAAAAACCGCCAAGUUUAUGCUAGUGCUGAGUAAAAUGGACGCCGCAUAUAGACAGAUGCGUAACGAAGCACUGCUCAUGCUGCAGUAUGCAAGGCUCAGAACUGAACUCAAGAAUGCACCGAAGUUACUCGAAGCUUCACCUCUGACUGGCGAAGGAAUCGAGGAGUUGCGAAGUUUCCUUGCUGAAUCCAAGAUGGCGCCCCAAAAAGUCGUUAUGUAA